AUGAGUCUACCCCACAUCCGUGUAGAAGAGGAAGUACAACCAAUUCAGUAUGAGGAGAGUCACACAAACCCAACAAACCGCCAAAUCAAGCCCAUACGAACAAAAAUAAAAAAGGAAUUGAUUUUGUUUUGCCAAACCACUACGAUACGUGGUGUCACCAGGGUGGUCAAUGCUCGGAGCAAGUCGUUUCAAAUUGUUUGGGCCAGUUCUGUACUGUUUCUUUUCAUCGGUCUGUUUAUUUGCAUGUUUUUCCUCACAAGACAAUACCUGGAAUAUCACGUGAUCCAUCCACCACAGGUGCUUCGUGACACACCAUCACCAUUUCCGUCAAUCACCUUGUGUAAUCUACGACCAUUGGCUUCGGAAGCAACCAAGGUUUUGGAGGAGUCACGCAUAAAGACUCCUAGAAAGUUUGCUAUGGAUGUGAACAGUUUCGCUGCAGAAGCAUUCUAUCACAAAGGAGACGUGCAUUCCUAUCAGCUGAUUACUAGUGCCAUUUCAAUGGGUGGUUAUCUGGAAAGUCUUCCACCGGAAAUCAGGCUGCAGUUAGGACAUCAUAUGAAUCAGACAAUAAUACACUGUAUGGUAAGUUUGGAAUUCCACAUCUUCAAAAUGACUUGUACGGAUAGUAUCUGUAGGAUUUCUGCCGGAGAAUACCUAUCUUUCUGA